AUACAAAUCUCUCUUGCUCCAUUAACUUCUAUUUAUAAAAACUAGUGUAGCUGUUGAAGAAAAACUUCUUUUUCUUUUGAGCAUAUCGGUUCAUACUAAAUGGCUGGUUUUUCAAGAAAUGUGCUUUCUUCUUCACUAGUAGCUGUUCUCUUCUUCCUCCUCUUGAGCUUCUCAGAAGCCAGAGACCAUUUGGUAGGGGGGAAAACUGAUUCUUGGAAAAUCCCAUCUUCUGAAUCAGAUUCUCUCAAUCGAUGGGCUGAAAAAUCUCGCUUCCUCAUUGGAGAUUCUCUUGUGUGGAAGUAUGAUGGGAAAAAAGACUCAGUUUUAGAAGUGAGCAAGAGGGAUUAUGUGACAUGCAACACGUCAAGUCCAAUAGCAGUGCACAAUGAUGGGAAUACAAAGAUAGAGCUAACAAAUUCAGGAGCUUACUAUUUCAUAAGUGGAGCAAAAGGGCAUUGUGAGCAAGGCCAGAAACUGAUAGUAGUGACCUUAUCUGAGAACAACAUGAGGAGAUUCAUGGGUGCACCUGCACCUUCUCCGACAGAAUUUGAUGGUCCAGCUAUGGCUCCUACUAGCAAUUCUGCUACAUUGAAGGCUGGUUUAUUUAUGGGUUUUGGGGUUUUAAUUGGAUUCUUGUUUUGAAGUGAGGGAUAUUAUUCUCAUUGAUUUUAUUUUUAUUUUUUUGAAAUUUUAGAUGAGAGGGAGAGGAUGAGAGAUGGUGAUCUUCUUAAAUAUUCUUUGAUUCAAUUUCUUCUUUAAUAACUUUGGGCAACCUAAGCUUUGUUUGGAAGGAAAAUGAAAAAGCUUUAUUAUUGAUA